AUGGGCGAUCAUCACCGGUCUAGUCAGGCGUGGAACAAUUCGCACUCUGAUGUCUUAUAUUGCCGAGGGGGCACACACGUCAUACACGACAGGAUAGGCACAGACCCCCACAUUGUUGAUUGGAUACAAGACGCGAGCUUCUAUAGGAUAUACCAAAUUAGCCAUAUCCAAUUGGAUUGGCAUCUAGUGACCGCCUUUGUGGAGAGAUGGAGGUCGGAGACACACACCUUCCACCUAUCGCAUGGGGAGGCGUCUAUCACCCUCCAGGAUGUGGCGGUGUUCUAUAGGAUACCAAUUGAUCGGAGACUCAUCAUUGGUUAUACUGCUAGACUAGUACAGGAGGGGGGCGCCGGUCAAGGGAGAGCAUUGCGCCGCAUACGCGGGAAAUUGUUAGGGGUGGUACCUCUUGAGGGUGAGAUGGUUGGUGCUCGCAUCCGCAUGCGGUUUCUUAAGGGCAAGAUGUUUUGCCAGCUCCCGACAGCUGCAGAUGAUCAUACAGUUGUGUGUCACGCACGUGCCCACUUGUUGCAAUUGAUAUGUGGGAUGUUGUUCUGCGACCUAUCGGGAAGUUAUGUGCAUUUGAUGUUCCUUCCACUCCUCACGACGCGAGCAGAGAUACGCUAG